CGCACUCCGGAGUCAGCUCAGCCUGUGGAAAGCUGUAGUCGCUGAGGCAACAUAGUGGCCCCCACCAAAAGCCACGGCGACGGGGAAAACGUGCAGGUUUUCUUCCAGAGGAAAGUGGGGAGACCAUGCGGGUUCCGGAGGGGUUGGCGCCUCUGCUGUAUUUUCUCUCCCUUCUUGCCACCAAGACGUGGGAAGUUCGUCUGCACCCCAAGCAAGAGACUUUGGUGAAGCAUCUGUCAUCAUAUGAAAUAGUGACACCUGUACGAGUAAAUGAAUUUGGAGAAGCUUUCCCUCACACUCACCACUUCAAAAGGAGGAAAAGGAGCAUGGAAACACUACUGGAACCCAUUCCUUUCAGAAGCCAUUACCAGUUUAGCGCCUAUGGACACAUUUUCCUGCUGAAUUUAAGUGCUGAUACCAGUUUCAUUGCUCCUCAUUACACUGAGGUGCACUUGGGGAAUAUAAAAACACAUUCUGCCUCAGAACUGCACCAUUGUUUCUAUCGUGGACAUGUUAAUGCGCAAGAAAUACACACCGCAGUCUUCAGUAUCUGUGGUGGCCUGAUGGGCACGUUUAGAUCACAUGAUGGAGAAUACUUUUUAGAACCUUUGAUGGGAGCAGGUGAAGAGGAAUAUGAAGAAGAACACAACAAAUUACAUCUUAUAUAUAGACAUGAAGACGUGAGGAAAGAUUACUUUCAGAAUUCCUAUAUACCUUGUGAAAUGUCAGAGCCAAAGAAAAGCACUUUACUAUUUCCACAUGAGAGCAGCUUUAUGAAACAUAGAAAUGUCCUUCAAGAUCAUCCAGUUUUAGAAUAUGCUCCAAAAAACCUGUCUAUAGGGGAUAAUAGAAACAAUCCACAUUCCCGAAGAAAACGUUUCCUCUCUUAUCCAAGAUAUGUAGAGGUGAUGGUUACAGCUGAUGCCAGAAUGGCUCAGUAUCAUGGACGGAACUUGCAGCAUUAUGUAUUAACACUAAUGUCAAUAGUUGCAACGAUCUACAAAGAUUCAAGUAUAGGAAAUCAAAUCAAUAUAGUGAUUGUAAAGUUAAUUGUAGUUCACAAUGAAGAGGAAGGACCAGCUAUCAGUUUUAAUGCUGCAGCUACGCUUCACAAUUUCUGUUUCUGGCAGCAGGCACAAAACAUUCUGGAUGAUGCUCAUCCUUCUCACCAUGAUACUGCAGUUCUUCUUACUAGGGAAGAUAUAUGCAGAGCUAGAGAAAAAUGUGAUACCUUAGGUUUAGCUGAAUUGGGUACAAUGUGUGACCCGCUGCGUAGUUGUUCUAUCAGUGAAGAAAAUGGAUUAAGUGCUGCAUUUACAGUAGCACAUGAACUUGGGCAUGUGUUCAAUAUUCCUCAUGAUGACAGCUUUAAAUGUAAAGAAGCUGGAGUAAAGCAUCAAUAUAAUGUAAUGGCCCCAACUUUAAAUUAUUAUUCAAGUCCAUGGACUUGGUCAAAAUGCAGUCAGAAAUAUAUUACUGAAUUUUUUGAUACUGGAUACGGGGAAUGCCUUCUAGAUAAACCAAAUGGAAGAAUCUAUGACUUUCAGUCACAGUUGCCUGGCUCCCUGUAUGAUGUGAACAAGCAAUGUGAACUUAUGUUUGGUCCUGGAUCACAAGUAUGUCCUUAUAUGAGACAAUGCAAACGUUUAUGGUGUACAAGUGCAGAAGGUAUUCACAGGGGUUGCCGUACACAACACAUGCCACUGGCUGAUGGAACAGAAUGUGGACAUGGAAUGCAUUGCCGGCAUGGGAUUUGUGUAAACAAGGAAAUGGAAAGGCUUCCUGUGGAUGGAGGAUGGGGAUUGUGGGGACCUUACAGUUCGUGCACCAGAACGUGUGGAGGUGGUAUCAAAAGUACAACAAGAUUGUGUAAUCGGCCAGAACCAAAAUAUGGAGGAGUGUAUUGUGUGGGUCGCAGGAUGAAGUUUCGUUCCUGUAACACUAACUCAUGCCCCAAAAGCAAAAAAGGUUUUCGAGAUCAGCAGUGCUCUGAAUAUGAUGGUAAACAUUUUAACAUCAAUGGACUAACAUCUACUGUACGCUGGCUUCCAAAAUACAGUGGUAUUUCUAUGAAAGAUCGAUGUAAGCUUUUUUGCCGUGUUUCUGGCACAACGUCUUAUUAUCAAUUGAAAGACAGAGUUGUUGAUGGUACUCCGUGUGGAACAGACACUCAUGAUAUAUGUGUUCAAGGUUUAUGCAGGCAAGCUGGCUGUGAUCAUGUUUUAAACUCCAAAGCAAGAACAGAUAAAUGUGGCAUCUGUGGUGGUGAUAAUUCUUCAUGUAGGACUCUUACUGGUACUUUCAACAGCGCUCAUUAUGGCUAUAACACUGUAGUAAAAAUACCCAAAGGAGCAACAAACCUGGACAUACGUCAGCAUAGCUACUCAGGGAAGCCAGAGGAUGACAACUAUCUUGCGUUAUCCACUAUGCAAGGGAAUUUCUUUCUGAAUGGGAAUUUUGUUGUAAGUCUCUCUAAAAAAGAAAUCCGUAUGUAUGGAGCUUAUUUCGAAUACAGCGGUUCAAACAACACAGUGGAGAGAAUAAACAGUUCUGGCCGACUAGAAGACAACAUUCUUUUGCAGGUGUUAUGUGUAGGGAAUUUGUACAACCCUGAUAUUCAUUAUUCAUUCAGUAUUCCUAUAGAAGAAGGAAAUGAUCUUUUUACUUGGGAUCCGUAUGGACUUUGGCAAGACUGCACCAAACUGUGUAAAGGUAUUCGCAGAAGGAAAGUUUCCUGCAUAAGGAAGAGUGAUCACUUGGCAGUAUCUGACCAAAGAUGUGACCAUAUAACACCUCCUGUAGCUGUAACAGAACUGUGUAAUACUGAAUGUGAAUUAAGGUGGCAUAAUUUUGGCAAAAGUGAGUGCUCAACUCGGUGUGGCCAAGGGUUUCGGUCUUUAGACAUCCACUGUAUGAAGUACUCUGUUUCUAAGGGAUUGACUGUUCCAGUGGAUGAUAAAUACUGUGCUGAUCAGCAGAAACCACCAGUCCGAGAAGCCUGCCAUGGAGACUGUCUUCAAACAAGCUGGCAUUAUACAGGAUGGUCCAAGUGUUCUAGGACUUGUGGAACAGGUGCAAGAACAAGAGAAGCUUUUUGUAUGAACAAUUUUGGCCGUCGGCUUACAGAUCAACAAUGCCAUGGGCUUCCAAAAAUCAUUACUCAGAGUUGCAGUGAGUUCUUGUGUCCCAGCUGGAUGGCUAGUGAUUGGAGUGAGUGUCCUGUGACUUGUGGGAAAGCAAUAAAACAUCGGCAAGUAUGGUGCCAAUUGAAUGAUGACCAACUGGAAGAUCUUUUCUGCAAUCCCAACUCUAUACCAGAAUCAGUGAGACCAUGUGAACUUAAUGAAUGUGCAACUUGGCAAGUGGGGCCAUGGAGUGCAUGCUCUGUUACAUGUGGACAUGGAUACCAAAUGCGUGCAGUUAAAUGUCUUACUGAUGUUUUUGGAACUAUUUUGGAUGAUGAGAGAGAAUGCAGUGCUGCUACUCGUCCAUCUGACAGACAAGAAUGUGACAUGUUUUGUCCAGAGAUCAGCAAAGUGUGGUCUACAUCACUUGCCGUCAUCCAGACUGACAAAGAGACUCAGUGGAGAUAUGGAUCAUGGACUCCAUGUUCUGCUUCUUGUGGAAGAGGAAACCGUGCUCGCUAUAUAAGCUGCCAGGAUGGUCAUGGCAGAAGAGCAGAAGAAUCAUUUUGUGCCCAUUUGCCCAGACCAGAAGAACUUUCAAGCUGCUUCAGUCCAUGUGGUGUUUGGCAAGCUGGAAGUUGGUCACCUUGCACAGUUACAUGUGGUAAUGGAAUAGUAACAAGACAAGUGGUCUGUGUCAACCACCAUCAACAAAUUGAUGAGAAUUAUUGUGAUCCUGAAGGCCGUCCUGCAAAAGAACAAGAAUGUAACAUGCCGCCCUGCCAACCAAUUUAUCUCUAUAAUCCGGAUUUGCAUGAAGGUCCAAGCCACCAAGAUUAUUCUCCAACACAAAAGGUCCAUCACUCACAGGACCAUGUAAAUUCAAAAAAGCACCAUUCCCCUUCGGGAAACCAGUGGCGAACAGGACCGUGGGGAGCAUGCUCAAGUUCUUGUGCUGGUGGAUUUCACCGCCGUGUUGUGGUGUGCCAAGAUGAGGAUGGAAGAAGUUCUACCUAUUGUGAUGAGACACUGAAACCACCAGACUUGACCCAUUGUGACUCUGGUCCCUGUCCAAUUUGGAAUUAUGGGAGCUGGGGAGAAUGUACUCAAACAUGUGGCAGUGGAUUAAGGACACGAUUAGUGGUUUGUCAGCUGCCAAAUGGCCAAGUUUUGAAUGAUCAGAAUUGUGAAAUAUUAGAAAAGCCACCUAACACAGCACAAUGUAAUACACAUUUGUGUCCUGGUGAAGUUUCAUGGCGUCGCGGACCAUGGAAAUCGUGCUCUGUGUCCUGUGGGAAGGGUUUAAAGGAACGUGAGAUCUAUUGCAUUAACAACUUCCAAAUUAAACUAGAGGAGAAUGCUUGCAAACAUUUAAGGAAGCCUCGAACUCACAAAGUUUGCAGAACUAUCAGAUGCCCAGAAUGGAAGACUAACAGGUGGAAUGAGUGUUCUGUGAGCUGUGGAGAAGGUGUACAACAUCGGGAUGUUUAUUGUAGCCUGAAAGGAAGCGGUCGAGUUAAUAAAAUAAUGUGUAGUCACCUCACUCAACCAUCUAACGAAAGGCUUUGCUGGCAGGCUGAGUGUGCACAGUAUCAAUGGUUGCCUGAUGAAUGGCAAGAAGUAAGUUGUUCAUGUCAGAAAAAGGAAAUACACCGGAAAGUGAAGUGUGUGGAUGAAAAUAAGAACCAGGUGAAUGAAAUGCUGUGUGAUCUUGCAACCAAACCUCUAUCCAGCAAAAAAUGCAGAAUGGCUUCCUGCAAAUACAUUGUAAUCACAGGUGAUGCCUCACAGUGCCCAGCAGGUUGUUAUCUUCAGCGCCAUCAGACAAUUACAUACUGUAUUAAAGCCGAUGAUGCCUGGAACAAACGUGCUUAUGGCCUUCAAUCAGCAACUUACUCAGGCUGCCCAGUGGUGCAAUUAUCAUUGGUUAAUGAAUGCAAUGUCAGGACUUGUCUACGCGCUGCAACUUGGAAAGUGGGGAAAUGGAGUAAGUGCUCAGUGCUUUGUGGAAUAGGGACAGCAGAAAGAAAUGUCCAGUGCCUGAUGGAAAAUGGUUCCUCCAGUGACUUGUGUUUGUCCCAUUUAAAACCUGUGGCUAGAAAAUUAUGUCAUGCAAAAGACUGUGAGAGGACAACCAGCUGCAAAGAAAUCCAGAUUAGAAAAAAAAUCCAAAAGGAUGGUGAAUAUAUGCUUAAUGUUAAGGGAAAAAUAAUAAAGAUUUAUUGCUCAGAUAUGCAGCUAGAAAAUCCCAAAGAAUACUUAACUCUGGCUAAAGGAGAAGCAGACAACUUUUCAGAAGUAUAUGGAUAUCGGUUAUAUAACCCAUAUGACUGCCCUUUUAAUGGGACUAAACAUCAAGACUGCAUCUGCCGAAAUGACUACCCUGCAGCUGGCUAUACCAUUUUUAGAAAAAUAAGAAUUGAUCUCAAUUCCUUAGAAAUUAAAAUUACUGACUUCCAGUUUGCUCACACCAUACUCGGAAAGCCGGUUCCCUUUGCCACAGCUGGAGACUGUUACAGCGCUGCUCAGUGCCCACAGGGGCAAUUUGGCAUCAAUUUGGCAGGCACUGGCCUGAGAUUAUCGACUAACACAACAUGGAGUGCUCAGGGUAAUUAUGCCACUGUCCAGAUACAUAAAUCUCAGAAUGAUACUAAAAUAUAUGGAAGAUGUGGAGGAUUCUGUGGGAAAUGUAUUCCUAGUGGAAAUACUGGUCUUCAACUUCAAAUUCUGUAAUAAAACAGGCAGAGAAAACAAAUCACAAAGGUCAUAUUGAAGGUGCUGUUAUUUUUUCAACUCGGUAGUGGUAACUCAGAAUUAGUUCUUGUCUUUCUUUGUUCAUAGAAGGGACUCAAGUGUGUGCUCCCACAAUUCUUGAUGUGCAAAUAUUAACUGCAGAUGUCAACUGAUACAUUUCUAUAGAGACACUAGAUGGGAUCCAAAGACUGCACAAAGGAAACUGGUGGAAAAGGGUUUUCCAUUCUUCUCUUCUUUGGUUAAUCCCACCCUACUCUGACAAGAUUAUUCAUAUGGGGUGAGGAACCAUUCUGAAUAAUGAAAAAUGUGGUGAUUAUAGAAGAAGGAGGAAUUGCCCAGAUCAG